UGCGGGUAUUACCGCCCAGCGGCAAAUACCGCCCACUCUAUAAAAUAUCUUAAAUAUAGAGAAAUAGUAACUUUGGCAACAUCGAAAUGACGCCACGAUACUACUGAGAGAACCGUGCAACAAGGUCGCCGGCCAUAAGCAUAUUUAGUUGUUUCAGAGAAGUCAACGUGUUUUGUGUGGUGCCACUAUAAUUUUUAGGAGCUCGAAAAUAAUUUGAUAAAGAAUGCCAAAGACAAUGAUGAAUUCGCGGAAAAAGGCAACAUGGAGCGCAGAACAGCUUCAGGAAGCUAUAAAUGCAGUUAGAAGCGGAAAGGGGAAAAGGCAAAGUGCAAGAGAGUUUGGUAUCCCAUAUUCUACAUUAAAAGAUAGGUUAAAUACAAACACUGCUUGUGCAGCACAACUAGGUCGUCAUCCUAUAUUUUCCACUGAACAAGAAAAGCGAGUGGCUGAUCGCUGCAUCUAUUUGGCAAAGAUGUUCUAUGGUCUAACGGCCACUGAUUUACGAAAAAUCGUCUACGAGUUUGCGGUUAAAAAUAAUAUCAAACACUGCUUCAACGAUGACAAAAAAAUGGCCGGUAAAGACUGGCUUCAAGCUUUCUUAAAACGGCAUCCAAAUCUUAGUUUGAGGAAACCCGAGACAACCAGUUUAGGGAGAAUUUCGGGUUUUAAUGUUGAAAGUGUAGGCCUUUUUUUCAAAAAUUUAAAUAUAGUUUUAACAAAAUAUAACUUUCAAGCCUGCCGCAUAUUUAAUGUUGACGAGACAGGCAUUACCACGGUGCAGGUUCCAUCCAAAAUUGUAGCUCCAAAAGGUGUCAAACAACUGGGAAAAGCUGUAAGUUGGGAGAGAGGUCGAAAUAUAACUCUGUGCUGCUCAGUAAGUGCAUCAGGGAUAUAUACAGGGAAAGUCUUCGAUGAUAGUUCUUCAAGCGGUUCAUCCCUACACGAUGAAAUGGAGAUUUGCAAUGACCACAGUUCCGAUGAUCCCAGCAGCGACGUAUAA